UAAUUCAAGCCAAACUAUUUCUUUUCCUCUUGUGAAGAAAAAGCUGAAUUCCAAUGAGUGUUCUUUAAAGUGUUUCUCUACUGAAAUGGAACUUCUCUCUGUGAAAGUGAAAAAAGGAAGGCUGGAUAAAAUGACUGAUGCAUCCAAAACUUAUGUUGUUUUAAAAGUCCAAAAUUUGAAAAGCACUACAAUCGACAGACGAGGAAGUGACCCUUGCUGGGAACAAGACUUCAUGUUUGAAAUCUGUGCUGAUGGAAAGGGCUUCCUUGUAGAGCUGUGGAAGAAAGGCUUGCUCUGGGAUAGCAUUUUGGGAGUUUUAUGGAUUCCCCUUGCAACUGUGGAAUAUGCAACAGAUGAAGGCCCGGGUUCCUGGUGGACCUUGCAUUCUGAAGUAAUAAAAAAUGGAAGUGAGAUUCAAGGCACAAAAACACCAACUUCACACGAGAUCUUACUGGAUGUCUAUUUUGCUUUACCAUUUGAUACCCACAAAGACUUAGAUUGCACAGCCUGGCACAGAGGGCCACCCCUCCAAAGUACAAGACCUUCACAUCAAGAUACAUCUGGUAUUUGGUCACCCAUGGAAAGUGGUCUCAGCACACAAGAGAGCAAACCAAGAUACAUGUAUAUCUGUCCUGUUCUCACCCUUGGGCAUGUGUCUACACAGAGUUCACCUAUUCAAUAG